UCUAGCAGCAACUCACUUCGGAACGCGUUCGCGGUGCCAGUUCCGGUGCCAGACGAUCCCGCUCCAACAACUUUCGAGAACGAACACGCCGUCUUCCCUAUCAUGGAGCCUAUCCUUGAUAACGACCCUCGUGAGCGGCGCCGUCGCGCUCUCGCCAGGAUCGACGAGGCUCCAUUCAGCUGGCGCCACGUUCGUGCCGUUAUCGUCGCUGGCGUUGGGUUUUUCACUGAUUCUUACGAUAUCUUCGCUAUCAAUCUCGCUGUCAGCAUGCUAGGUGUUGUCUUCUGGCAAGGUGCUGUGUCUGACCCUGGUAAGAUCCCAUCUAGCUCUGAUACCGCUAUCAAAGUCUCUACCUCUGGUGGAACUGUUCUUGGUCAACUUUUCUUUGGUUGGCUUGCCGAUCGGGUUGGUCGCAAACGUAUGUACGGCAUUGAGUUGAUGAUCAUUAUUCUUGCAACUCUUGCUCAAGCUCUUGCUGCCUCGUCGACUGCCAUUUCUAUCACUGGUCUCCUGGUCUUCUGGCGCGUGAUCAUGGGCGUUGGUAUUGGUGGCGACUACCCUCUUUCCUCUGUUAUUACUUCCGAAUUUGCUACCACCAAAUGGCGUGGUGCGAUGAUGGCUGCGGUGUUUGCCAUGCAGGGCUUCGGCCAGUUUGCAGCGGCUAUCAUUGCUUUGCUUGUUACUGCCGGCUUCAGGGAAUCUCUGAAAAGCGCCAAGGACGUUGGCCACUGCACCGGCGUCUGCCAACUUGCGGUCGACAAAAUGUGGAGAAUCGUCAUUGGAUUUGGAGCUAUCCCUGCGUUGUUCGCCCUGUACUAUCGUCUGACUAUCCCGGAGACCCCUCGCUUUACUUUUGAUGUUGCCCACGAUCUGAUCAAGGCCGAUGAAGACGUCCGCGCUUACAUGAAGGGUCAGAGCGAGGGACACCCCAAUGAAAUCCAGCGGGUCACUCUUGUGCACAACGAGAGCGCUGAUUGUAUCACCCCCAAGGCCAGUUGGUCCGAUUUCCGCCGUCACUUCUCCCAGUGGAAGCACGGAAGGGUUCUGCUUGGUACUGCUACAUCCUGGUUCUUCCUUGAUGUCGCAUUCUAUGGCCUUGGUCUUAACAAUUCUGUGAUACUCUCGGCGAUUGGCUGGACCGGUGGCAAGAAUGUUUACGAGGUCUUUUAUCGCAAUGCGGUCGGAAACUUGAUCCUAGUCUGCGCCGGUGCGAUUCCGGGUUACUGGGUCACCGUCGCGACCGUCGAUACCCUGGGGCGCAAGCCUAUCCAGCUGAUUGGAUUCGCUAUUCUGACAAUUCUUUUCAUUGCCAUCGGCUUUGGAUACGACCAGUUGAAGCAUACCCACAAUGGGCUCCUGGGUCUCUACGUCGUUGCUCAGUUCUUCUUCAACUUCGGUCCAAACGCUACCACCUUCAUCGUGCCCGGCGAAUGCUUCCCUACUCGCUAUCGCUCUACAUCCCACGGUAUCAGUGCUGCAGCUGGAAAAAUCGGCGCUAUCAUUGCGCAAUGUGUGUUUGGUCCACUCGUUCACCGUGGUGCAAAGAAGCCCGAUGACUCCCCGUGGCUCAACCACGUCAUGCAGGUUUUCUCCUUGUUCAUGCUCUGCGGCUUUUUUAGCUCCUGGUUGAUCCCUGAGACCAAGAGACAGUCGCUCGAGGUCCUGGCUGGUGAGUCUGACUCUCUGCCUCUCACCCAGUACCCGCAUUCAAGCGAGCAGCCCAAGGAUGACCCCGAGGACCUGCACGCCAUCACCACCCCAGUGAUGCACGCUACUGGCUCCAACGGUGUCUAA